AUGGGCAAGCGGUGGGCAGAAAUCGCGCGAAGAUUAGGCAAUCGAAGUGACAAUGCUGUCAAGAACUGGUGGAAUGGCAGCAUGAAUCGCAGGAAGAGAACCAACAUUCAACAGAACCUUGCCUCGCGGGGUGUUGGACCCAGGAACGGACCAAUACCGGCGGUGUCUUCACGGCAGUCGAUGUUGGUGUACAGCAGAUCGAGCAGCCCGCCUGCCAGCAAUGUUUAUGCCCAAGAGAUCUCGCGACCAGCAUUUCCUCACAAUCUGCCAACGCCAGACAGGGAUCAUCCGUUUGACCUGCCACGCCGUACUCUGCCAGAAGUCGAGGUGCUACCGGCACUAAGCCAACCGCAUCCCAUACCGAUGGCCAUGGAGUGCAAUCCACUACCUCCUCCGAGGCAACUACAUACACCCCAGUCGUCACUGGACUACAGAUUGAUUCCCAUCGAAUGCCGGCCUUCGAACACCAUCGACAACUCUGCCCCAUCGAACAAGGCUGCCUCCCCCGCUGCAACGGAUUCUUCGAAUCAACGAGCACCAUCACUUGUGUCGGAUCACCUUUCAAGAUAUUCGGUAUCGCCCAAGACUGUGGCGUCACCACGGCCGGGGCUUCCGCCGCCCAUUUUGACAUCGCAUUCGUAUCACGACCACAGACGGCAGAUCAGUAACGUUUCCAUCGCCUCAGGUGGCAAGGUCCAGACUCCUAUGGACGAAGGCUAUAUGUCAGCGUUGCCCACAUCUCUCAGUUUCGACUCUACGCUGAAGAGGUUUCCAUUCGAUGCACCACUCAAGUCACUGCUCUCUCCUAUGGUAGAGAGGAGGCCAGAAUACCUACUGCCUCCGCCAAAGUUGUCUCCUCUAGCAGAACGAGACAACAGGAUGAAUGUGGCGCGCCUGCUAGGCUGA